AUGAGUGGCCCAGUUAAUUCCGUUUCCAAGCAAAUGAAUGUCGAUACCGACAUCAUCACGUUGACCCGUUUUAUUUUACAAGAACAGCAAACUGUUGCUCCCACCGCCACCGGUGAGUUGUCGUUGUUGUUGAAUGCGCUUCAAUUUGCAUUCAAGUUUAUUGCCCACAAUAUCAGAAGAGCUGAGUUGGUCAACCUUAUUGGUGUUUCUGGCUCUGCCAACUCUACCGGUGAUGUUCAGAAGAAAUUGGAUGUGAUUGGUGAUGAGAUCUUUAUCAAUGCCAUGAGAUCUUCCAACAACGUCAAGGUUUUGGUUUCUGAAGAGCAAGAAGACCUUAUUGUGUUCCCAGGUGGUGGCACAUAUGCUGUUUGUACUGAUCCAAUUGAUGGGUCGUCCAAUAUCGAUGCUGGUGUUUCUGUUGGUACGAUUUUUGGUGUGUACAAGUUGCAAGAGGGGUCUACUGGUGGCAUCAGCGAUGUCUUGCGUCCUGGUAAGGAGAUGGUCGCUGCGGGGUACACCAUGUACGGUGCAUCUGCCCAUUUGGCAUUGACUACAGGUCACGGUGUCAAUCUUUUUACUUUGGAUACUCAGUUGGGUGAAUUUAUCUUGACCCAUCCAAACUUGAAGUUGCCAGAUACUAAGAACAUCUACUCGUUGAAUGAAGGGUACUCGAACAAAUUCCCAGAAUACGUUCAAGAUUAUUUGAAGGACAUUAAAAAGGAAGGGUACAGUUUGAGAUACAUUGGGCUGAUGGUUGCUGAUGUCCAUCGUACUCUUUUGUAUGGUGGUAUUUUUGCUUACCCUACAUUGAAGUUGAGAGUGUUGUAUGAAUGUUUCCCCAUGGCCUUGUUGAUGGAACAAGCAGGCGGUUCUGCUGUCACCAUCAAGGGUGAGAGGAUCUUGGAUAUCUUGCCAAAAGGUAUACACGACAAGAGUUCUAUUGUGUUGGGAUCCAAGGGUGAAGUUGAAAAGUAUUUAAAGCAUGUACCAAAAUAG